UUACUUUAAAUUUACUGAGUGGCUUUUUUUUUCACAAUUUACCGAUGAAAAUAGAGCUUUUUCUCCUUUCUUGUUCAAAAAACUUGAAAACAUAAGGACCAACAGUACAGAAUUUUUAUCGGACUGAGGCGAAAUUUGUCAGGAUUGUCUGAUGGUCCUGGGCCUUUUGUAAAGUCUGAAAUUAUAAGUAUUGAUGUACGUAAUAAACUGCCAAUAUUCCCUUGCAAUGUAAAUGUCACUAGAACGAAAAAAAUGCCAAGAAAUAUUAUUAUACAAGAUUUACCAUUUUGUAAAUAUUAUGAAAAAAUGGUACAACAUUUUAGUAUGUAUUGUAGAAAAAGUUAAUAUGUCAUAAAUUUUUUACUUAAAACAAUUACAUAUUUCCAGGACCAUCUUGUGAUCAAUGGUACUGUAGUGAGGACAUUGUCCACACAGGACAGCCAUGACAGUGGGAAUGAAAGCAUUACGUCAGAGUUCUACAGAAGUAAUGGGGAUCAAGGAUGUGAAGAAGAGCCACAGAGUCCAAAACCUUAUGUGCAGGGGAUUCCUACAAGGAGCCUUACUCCUUUACCAGAGGAGUCGGAAACCAGUGAUAGUACACCAAGUGCUCCUGAAUACAGUCAAUUUGGAAUGAAUCAUGGCAAGCAAAUAGUCUUGGAGACAGUUCCUGGUACAAACUAUGUGCAAGCCGGUUACCCCAUAUGUGAUGAGUCAAGCAUAGCAAAACCAGAUAAUAUGACUGUUAUGUGUGUCCAAAGACAAGGAACACCAGCAAAUAAACCUCCACCUCUGCUACAGGAUUCUUUAUCACAGCCAGAAACAUUGGAUACAAGUAUAUCUUCAUAUGUAAAAACUGCUCAGAAGCAAUCACCAGAUGACAGUCAUUCCAUGUCUAAGAAAGACUUGAUGGAUCAUAGCUACAAUGAGAUAGGUUCAUAUGUGAAAACUGCUGCCAAUGGCAUCUGUUUGUCACCACCAACUGAUCCUGCAGAUAGUUCUGUGGGGUCCUAUGUGCAGGUUGCUGCCUCUCAGAAUGUCAAUAACAACAAUUUGAAUGGAGGUGUGUCUCCCCCACCAGUUGAGAACUCUAGUAACCCUGUUGGGGAUGAAUACUUAGAGCCACUGCCUUCAUCAGAGGCAGGUAAGAUGGAUACGGUGCAAGUGCCCCAAAAUCAAGACAAAUCUACUUCCAAGUCCUCCCUUAUUGCUGUGAAUAAGGCAUAUGGUAUUGAGGUGCCAGAGAAAAAUUCAUUGGAAAAUGCUGAUACCUCUCCACUAUCUGUUGGGGACAAAUUCAGUGCUGGUGGAAAGUAUGUUGAGGUCAGCAAUGCACCAGAUGAAGAAUAUGAUGAAGGUGAUGGUUCAAGCAUGACAGAAAAACUGGAACAAGGAGUAACUGUCAAACUGUCAAAGCCUAUUCCUGAAGGAGUAGACAGUGGUAAGAAUUUUGGGACAUAUGCAGUUCUUGAUAAUACUGAUGAGGAUGACGAAGUUUUUAGUUCUUACGUGCAGGGUCCUGGAUCAUCAGAAAAUUAUGUACACACAGAUAAUGAAGAUUCAUUUAUUUCACCUGAUGUACAAAAGCUUGAUUCAUCUGAAGACCCACGGGUUUCUAUAGAAAAUAGUGAAUAUGUGACUGAGAUUCCAAAAUUCAUAGCUGCCCAAGAGCACGAUACAGGGUAUGUAGCUAAUCCAAACAUCAUUCCAUUAGAUAACGAUAAGCAAGGUCCCAUUGGUACAAAGUCCCCAGCUGUCUCAGCCUCAGCUCCAGUGGUCAAAGCGUCUCCAAAAAGGAAAUCAGACCAAGUUGUUUCUGGAAAUAAUGUGCUGGCACCUGUUGCCUCACAAAUAAAAGCAGGUGUUCCACUUCAAUACCCAACCAACGGCGGGUAUGUGAUAGUACCUCCACCAGUGCCACCAUCUUCCAACACAGCUGCAACUUACAAUGGCUAUGUGACAGCAGCACCUCCAGUGGUACCAUCAGUUGUAUCUACAGCUAAUACUGGGUAUGUUACAGACCCAGCUCCAGCACCAUCAUCCAACACCAUUGCUGCUGAUAGAUUUGAGGGGGCUCCAUCUAAGGUACCAACAGUUUCCAACAUAACUAAUAAUGGGUAUGUGACUUCUCCUCCUCCAGUGACACAUCAAGCUGCAACCAACAGUGGGACAGCACCUAGAACAUCUGUUGCAUCAGAUAACACACCAGCUGGUAAUGGGUACAUGACGGCACCCCCUGUAAUUGUAUCCACAUGUGUGAAUACCAAUACUGGGUAUGUGACAGCACCACCAAUUUUAGUACAAUCAGCCAGUAAGGCAACAUGUAAUGGGCAACUGAGAAAACCACUUCCUGAUACUUCUACAGUAAAUGGGUACGUGACAGCACCACCCCCAGUAAAUAACACUGUCAACUCCACCAGAGAGAGAGCACUUCCACAGAUAACUUCACCAGCUUUAAAUAGUAAUGGCUAUGUCACUACUGCACCAACAGUAUUACCACCGGCAACCUGUAACAAUGGGUAUGUCACAGCACCAGAGGUACAACUGGCUAGUGCUGCGACCAAUCACAGGAAUGUAACACCAAUACCAACAACAGAAGUAUCACCAGUUUUCAGCACAACCACAAAUGGGUAUGUGACGGUACCACCAACAAUGUCUUCUGUACCCAGUACCACAUCUGCAGCUAAUACUGGGUAUGUUACAGCACCACCAGUGGUACCAUCAGUCAGUACCACUACAGAUGCUGCUGUCAAGAAUAUGGUUCCACCAUCAAAGCUGAAGUCCCAAAAAGUCCCAAAUGCUAACACAGGACAUGUUUCAGAUCCAGUGAUGGUGUCACUUAAAGAAGAAAAUAAUAAUGAUGCUAUAGGUAGAUAUACCCACGUGGGUGGAGCAGAAAAUAGCCAACAUCGGGACAAGGGUGCAUGUGAUGGCACCUUGAAAGACAAUUAUAAAAGCACUGGUUCAGACUUGACUCAUAAUAAGAACUGGUCCAAUAAAUCUUCACCAUCUCACUUUAAGAUGGCACCUGUAAAUGACCAAGGUUAUGUGACAAUGCCAAACACCACUGAUACUGCUACAUUAUCGCAUCAACAAGAUGCAAACAAGCGUGGGGAUUUAAUGAAAAGAGAUAGUGGUUAUGGAUCACCUCUGUCAUCUCCAAAGGAUGUGAUCAACCAAGAAGACAAUCAGACUUGAGGAGUCCCUCCAAAAAAGGCAUGUAUUGAGCCUUUGUUGUUGAGAAUAUGACAGAAGCCAUUAGUAAUUGGUAAUGGUUCUAGGUUUAUUAUUCUUUGCUUUGUCGUGCCUGUUUUACCAUUUAGGUGGUAAUAGUCUUAUAAUAAUUGAGAUUAUGACUAUGUAGGCAAAGAUGAGUCUAGUAGACAAUGAUAAAUGCAUUAGAAUGUUUUACAUGGGGAGGAGUACUAGCAUGCAACAUAAAAUACAACCCUUGGGUUAAGUAUGAUACAUUUGUAAAUGGACUUGAGACUUCAAAGUUUGAAGAUUAUUUGGGUUACACAAUGAAAAAUAUUGGCUGGAUAUAGACAGAUUAUGGGGUACUUAGCCAAUAUGUGCAAGCCUGAGGCAAAUCCAUCAGAGUGUUUCAUGAAUAAUCAACAUGAUAGUCGUGAUUUUAUACACUGCAUUCCAGGAGUUGGCUUCUAAUGCUGGAGGGCUAUGAUUGCAAGCACCAGUAUGAUCUUUGCAAACUAGUUUUGUACACCAUAUGGCGUACAAAACUAGUGUGCAUGCUUAUAGUGAAUUGUGUUCAAUGGUGCAGAGAGAUGAUUAUGAGGAUUUUAUAUAAUGGCCAUUGUUUUUUUAUCUUUUGUAACCACUUGAGAUUUUAGAGUGGAACACUGGAGAUAAAGUUGUGUAUCAUAUAGAGCGCAAAGCUAUUUUUAGUAGUUCUUCCAAAAUAAGGAUAAAGUGGUCUUAGCAAGAUAAUCUUUGAUCAUCUUUUCUAGCAAUGAUUUGGAGACUGUUUUCUUUUACUUUAAAGGCAUAUAUUUUAGCUGAGAUCUUUUCAAAUAUUAACUCAUUUUUUUUGUACUUUUUAUCCUUAAAUCAAUAUUUUGGUUACUAAGUGUACAUGUUGAUAUAAUAUUAAAAAAUGUACACUGGAGAAUUUCUUUCGAGUUGUUGACUGAAAAUGUUUUGAAGUUGAGAUCUCAAUAAUUUUCUUAUCAAUUUCUAUUUUGAACAUUUCAUUUUGACAAAGAUGUUGGUGUUUUUGGAAUAUAAACGUUGUAUACUGUAGAAUUUGAGUUUGGAUAUUGAGUAGCAUUUGCCUUAAGGUUUUGAGGUAUUUUUUUAAUGUUUUAUAGCAAAUUUUGUGAUUUCUUAGUAAACAUUUAUAAGAAAGAUGAUAUAUCAUUCUUCAUCAGGAUUGAGAAAUCAUAUUUUUUGUUAAUUUCCAUUACCUCUGUAUUACAUUCCCCAGCUGAGAGGAACUGCUGAUGUGAGACUUUUCCAGUAACUCCCAUGUAAGACAAUAUGUACAUAUGUAAUCAUAUAUUUAGUUGAACAUUUUGUAAAACCAUGAUUGGAUAUUGGACACUAGCCACUGAAAGCCACUAUUUUGAAGAGCUUAUUUAGUUUUUAAGUCAGUUUAUUGUCAGAUAGCAUGUAUAGCUAUGGAAAGUCUUAAUGAUUUGUAAAAUAUAAAAGCAAUAGGCUGAAUUUUUACAAUGUUAAAAGUAUGUUGCUAAUAUUACAUUGAUACAGAGUUGAAAUCUGAAUAUUUUGAGUGUGCACUUGUUAACCAAUGCAUAAGAAUGUAUUUGGCAAUGUUACUUUUUUAUUUUUAUUAUUCAUGUGUAAUCAGUCGUACUGAUAUAUAGCCAAAAUUAAAAACAUUGUUGUAUUACUGCAGUAAGACAGAGUCCCAGUAGUUGAUCCCUAAUAAGUAGUAAAUAGAGUACUUACAUUUGUAUUGUAUAAUAAUGAAUAUUUUCAUUAUAAAAAAUUAUUACAAAAAUUAAUAAAAAAAACAAUGUAAUAAUUUGAAGUUAUAGCACUAAUUAAAAUUGGAUUUAAAAUGUAUAUUCAGAUGUUAUGAAAACAUUUAUCAGUAACAUGUGGGUGUGUGUGCAGUGUAGCCAUUUUCUGCUAAGUGAUGCGCUUGAAGAAAUUUUUUGUCAAAUGUUACCAUAUUAUUUCAACAGUUUAAUAGU